AUGGGACGGAACAAUGAAGAUGAGUACGUCACGUACACGAUCGACUGGCUCAAAUGGAGCAUGAAGUUCAAGAGCCUCGCGAAAAGAAAAGGCUGGGGUGCUGACCAACUCACCGUUCAGCUGCUCACGCUGAUCGACGGAGAUCUAUCGCGCGAGGUCGAGAGCAUCGCCAGCGAAUCUUCCGAGAAAGGACAUACGUUUGAAGACUUCUACCGUGAGGUCGGCUUACUCCUGGUUCCUGCGGACUACAGUGAAGACCUAGAUGAGGAGCUAUGGACCCUAUCCGCGCCGAGACGAAUCAGCUCAACGCUGCUCGGCACGUCUGCGAGAGCUUGCUCAAAUAUCAUGGGCACAGGUGGUAUGGUUAAUGACCUGCAAGAACAGAAGAUGAUGACCAAGAUGAUGACCAAGAUGAUGACCAAGACGAUGACCAAGACGAUGACCAAGACGAUGACCAAGACGAUGACCAAGAUGAUGAACAAGAUGAUUGCGCAAGUACUUUCAUUAGUUGGGUUAGUCUAG